CCUUCCUCUUUCCUCCGACGUCCUUCCUUCUCCUUUCUUCUCUCCCCACUUCCCCCCCACCUCCCCUCUUGCCUUCCCCAGAUAAGCAGCUCCGGGAAACAAAGAGCGCGCGGGCUGUCCUUAGCCCUGCACCAGGCCAGCGGCAUCUCGGUCCGGGGGACCCGGGCUUUCCCGGCUCCGCAUCCCCUCCCCAACCUCCCCCGCCUCCCGCGCUCGCUCGCUCGCUCGCUCGCUCCCUCCCCGCUCGCUGCCUCCCCCACCUUCGCGGCGCUGGGAGGAAGGCGGCCGGGGCUCAAGAUGGCUUUAGCCGGGCUCUGCGCCCUGCUCGCCUGCUGCUGGGGGCCGGCGGCGGUGCUGGCCACGGCCGCCGGCGACGUGGAUCCUUCCAAGGAGUUGGAGUGCAAGCUCAAGAGCAUCACGGUGUCGGCGCUGCCCUUCCUGCGCGAGAACGACCUGAGCAUCAUGCACAGCCCCUCGGCCUCCGAACCCAAGCUCCUCUUCUCCGUACGCAACGACUUCCCGGGAGAAAUGGUCGUGGUGGACGACCUGGAGAACACCGAGCUGCCCUACUUCGUGCUGGAGAUCUCAGGGAACACGGAGGACAUCCCUCUGGUGCGCUGGAGGCAGCAGUGGCUGGAGAAUGGCACUUUACUUUUUCACAUCCACCACCAAGAUGGGGCCCCAAGCCUCCCUGGGCAAGACCCAACUGAAGAACCCCAGCAUGAAUCAGCAGAAGAGGAGCUGAGAAUCCUGCACAUCUCAGUCAUGGGUGGCAUGAUCGCACUGCUGCUGUCUAUCUUGUGCCUGGUGAUGAUCCUAUACACUCGCCGGCGCUGGUGCAAGCGCCGCCGGGUCCCCCAGCCCCAGAAGAGUGCCAGCGCCGAGGCGGCCAACGAGAUUCACUACAUUCCUUCCGUGCUCAUCGGUGGGCAUGGGCGGGAGAGUCUGCGCAACGCCCGUGUGCAGGGCCACAACUCCAGCGGCACCCUGAGCAUCCGGGAGACGCCCAUCCUGGACGGCUACGAGUACGACAUCACCGACCUGCGCCACCACCUGCAGCGGGAGUGCAUGAACGGGGGGGAGGACUUCGCCAGCCAGGUCACCCGCACCCUCGACUCCCUGCAGGGCUGCAACGAGAAGGCGGGAAUGGACCUCACGCCAGGAAGCGACAAUGCCAAGCUAUCGCUGAUGAACAAGUAUAAAGAUAACAUCAUCGCCACCAGCCCUGUGGACUCCAACCACCAGCAGGCCACUCUGCUCUCUCACACCUCGAGUAGCCAGAGAAAGAGGAUCAACAACAAAGCAAGAGCUGGUUCCGCCUUCCUGAACCCUGAAGGGGAUUCUAGCACGGAGGCAGAAAAUGAUCCCCAACUGACCUUUUACACUGACCCCUCACGGAGCCGAAGGCGCAGUAGAGUGGGCUCUCCCCGAAGUCCUGUGAACAAGACGACCUUGACAUUGAUCAGCAUCACCAGCUGCGUGAUCGGCCUCGUGUGCUCCUCGCACGUCAGCUGCCCGCUCGUGGUCAGAAUCACCCUGCACGUCCCGGAGCACCUCAUCGCUGAUGGGAGCCGCUUCAUCUUGCUGGAGGGGAGCCAGUUGGAUGCCAGUGACUGGCUGAACCCUGCCCAAGUGGUUCUCUUCUCUCAGCAGAACUCCAGUGGGCCCUGGGCCAUGGACCUCUGUGCCCGGCGGCUCCUGGACCCCUGUGAACACCAAUGCGACCCCGAAACUGGGGAAUGCCUCUGCUACGAAGGUUACAUGAAGGACCCAGUACACAAGCAUCUUUGCAUUCGGAAUGAAUGGGGAACCAACCAGGGGCCUUGGCCUUACACAAUAUUUCAGCGAGGCUUUGACCUGGUUUUGGGAGAACAGCCUUCUGAUAAAAUAUUCAGAUUCACCUACACGCUUGGGGAGGGCAUGUGGCUGCCGCUCAGCAAAAGCUUUGUGAUUCCACCAGCUGAACUGGCCAUCAACCCAUCAGCAAAGUGUAAGACAGACAUGACAGUGAUGGAAGAUGCAGUGGAGGUCAGAGAGGAGCUGAUGACCUCGUCCUCCUUCGACAGCCUGGAGGUCCUCUUAGACUCCUUUGGACCAGUCCGUGAUUGCAGCAAGGACAACGGGGGCUGCAGUAAGAACUUCCGUUGCAUCUCAGAUCGCAAGCUGGAUUCCACCGGCUGCGUGUGCCCCUCCGGACUCAGCCCCAUGAAGGACAGCUCCGGCUGCUACGACCGCCACAUCGGGGUGGACUGCUCUGACGGCUUCAACGGGGGCUGUGAGCAGCUGUGUCUGCAGCAGAUGGCGCCCUUCCCGGAUGACCCCGCCGUGUACAACAUCCUCAUGUUCUGUGGAUGCAUCGAGGAUUACAAGCUUGGUGUGGACGGACGCUCUUGCCAACUCAUCGCGGAGACAUGCCCAGAGGGAGGUGACUGUGGGGAAAGCAGAGAGCUUCCCAUGAACCAGACCCUCUUUGGGGAGAUGUUCUUUGGUUACAACAACCAUUCCAAGGAAGUGGCGGCUGGACAGGUGCUGAGAGGAACGUUCAGGCAAAACAACUUUGCUCGAGGUUUAGACCAGCAACUGCCAGACGGUCUUGUGGUGGCCACUGUCCCCUUGGAGAAUCAGUGCCUGGAGGAAAUCUCAGAGCCCACCCCAGACCCCGACUUCCUGACUGGGAUGGUGAACUUCAGUGAGGUGUCGGGAUACCCCGUGCUGCAGCACUGGAAGGUCCGCUCUGUGAUGUACCACAUCAAGCUCAACCAAGUGACCGUCUCUCAGGCCCUCAGCAACGCUCUCCACUCCCUGGACGGGGCUACAUCUCGUGGGGAUUUUGUAGCCUUGUUGGACCAGUUUGGCAACCACUACAUCCAGGAAGCUAUCUAUGGCUUUGAGGAAUCCUGCUCUAUCUGGUACCCAAACAAGCAGGUGCAGCGGCGACUCUGGCUGGAGUAUGAAGACAUCAGCAAAGGCAACUCCCCAUCCGACGAGUCAGAGGAGCGGGAAAGAGACCCCAAGGUGCUGACGUUCCCCGAGUACAUCGCGAGCCUGUCAGAGUCUGGCACCAAGCGUGUGGCAGCCGGAGUCCGCACGGAGUGCCAGAGCAAGGGCCGAUGCCCCUCGUCCUGCCCGCUGUGUCACGUGACAUCCAGCCCUGACACCCCUGCCGAGCCAGUUCUGCUGGAGGUGACCAGAGCCGCCCCCAUCUAUGAGCUGGUGACCAACAACCAGACCCAGAGGCUUUUGCUGGAGGCCACCAUGAGCUCUCUCUGGUGCUCGGGAACCGGAGACGUCAUCGAGGACUGGUGUCGAUGUGACUCCACUGCUUUCGGAGCUGACGGACUCCCCACCUGCGCGCCUCUCCCUCAGCCCGUGCUGAGACUGUCCACGGUUCACGAGCCUAGCAGCACCCUUGUGGUCUUGGAGUGGGAACACUCAGAGCCUCCGAUCGGGGUGCAGAUUGUAGAUUACCUCAUCCGUCAAGAGAAGGUCACUGACAGGAUGGACCACUCCAAAGUGGAGACAGAAACGGUGCUAAGCUUCGUAGACGACAUCAUCUCCGGAGCGAAGGCUCCUUGUGCGAUGCCCUCUCAGGUCCCAGACAAGCAGCUCACCACAAUCUCUCUGAUCAUCCGAUGCCUGGAACCCGACACCAUCUACAUGUUCACCCUGUGGGGCGUGGACAACACAGGACGACGCUCCAGGCCAAGUGAUGUGAUCGUGAAGACCCCUUGCCCUGUGGUGGAUGAUGUCAAAGCCCAAGAAAUAGCAGACAAGAUCUACAAUCUCUUCAACGGCUAUACCAGCGGGAAGGAGCAGCAGACCGCCUACAACACGCUCCUGGAUCUGGGCUCCCCCACUCUCCAUCGAGUCCUCUACCACUAUAACCAGCACUAUGAGAGUUUUGGAGAAUUCACCUGGCGCUGUGAGGAUGAACUGGGCCCCAGGAAAGCUGGCCUCAUCCUUUCUCAGCUUGGAGAUCUCAGCGGUUGGUGCAAUGGACUCCUCCAGGAACCCAAGAUAGGCUUGCGACGCAGCUCCCUCAAGUACCUGGGCUGCCGCUACAGCGAGAUCAAGCCCUAUGGACUUGACUGGUCAGAGCUCAGCCGGGACCUCAGGAAGACGUGUGAGGAGCAGACCCUGAGUAUCCCCUACAAUGAUUACGGGGACAGCAAAGACAUCUAGUGCCAUGAUGCCAGAGAGUAGCUGCCAAAAGGAAGCAGGAGAGAGGAGGGGAAUGUCUGGGUUGGAGUGCGGAUUUUUAAUAUUUUUUAAUGGAACAUUCAAACCUCCACAGCCAACAUCUAAACUGGGGUGAAGGUGACCCUUGCUCCCUGCAGAACUUCUUUGGUAUCAUGUUCUCCAUCUGCGUGGUCAAUAAGCCUGCUAGCCAAGGUUUCGUAAAUUUCUCUUUAGGGGAUUACUUUGGGGCUUGUUUUGCAGUUAGUUUGUUUUAUUCAUUUUUUUCCAAGAGGUUCAUCAGAAUGCUUGAGUUCUUGCCAUGCUUCUCGUGAAAGGGCCACUUGGUUGGUGCACCUGUGCUGAGCUCCUAAGUCCCGUGCAACUGGGGACAGAGAUGAGGCCAGAAAGUUGUUAGAACAGCCUCAGGCCCUACUCUCAGGUGUCCUCCGGAAGCUCUCAUGCUGGGAACCUAAGCUCUGCUCACAGAGAACUACAAGAAAGCUGGGAAGGUGGCUGCUCUGUGGGUCUUGUGAUUUUCCCCCCAGGCCUUCCGAUUGCUGUCUUUACACUUCAGAGGUGAGCUCAGCUUCCACUAUGGGCUUCUGUGGGCCUCCUGGAUUUUUAGGUCCUCCCCCAUUUUAAGGAGAUCAAAACCAGUCAAUCCUAAAGGAAAUCAACUCUGAAUAUUCGUUGGAAGGACUGAUGCUGAAGCUGAAGCUCUAAUAAUUUGGCCAGCUGAUGCAAAGAGCCAACUCAUCAGAAAA